AUGAGUGCAAUCCUGUCGGCCGAUGACCUGAAUGAUUUCAUCUCUCCCGGUGUCGCAUGUAUCAAACCUGUGGAAACCCUUCCAGCGAAAGAGCCUUCAAACUCAGAGAACCCCUACGAAGUAACCAAGGAAGACAAAGUCCAACCUGAAAAUCUCCCACCAGCUGAGAUCUCAUUGACGGACUGUCUUGCUUGCUCGGGAUGUGUCACUUCUGCGGAGGCCGUAUUGAUUUCCAUGCAAUCGCAUGCGGAGGUUCUCAACACACUCGAUGCCCACCCAGAAGUAUCGUUUGCGACAUCCCACGGAAAUGGUGCAACAGAUGAAAACGAGGGCCGGAUAUUCGUUGCCAGUGUCAGUCCUCAGGUACGAGCGAGUUUAGCCACCACAUACAACACCACGGAGCAGGAGGCAACACACAUGAUCGAUCAGUUGCUUCGCGGGCCCAAAGGACUGAGGUCUAGUGGCAAACAUGGCAGUGGAUUCACAUGGGUCGUUGAUAGCAACACCUUGCGUGAAGCGGUUCUUGUACUCACGGCAGAUGAAGUUGGCGAGUCUCUUUCGUCAGGCGACUCGUCAGGCGCACCUAUUCCGAAAAAGCCCGUUCUGUCCUCAGCCUGUCCAGGUUGGAUCUGCUACGCCGAGAAGACUCACCCAUUCAUUCUUCCUCAUUUGUCGCGACUGAAAUCCCCGCAGGCGCUAUCUGGCACCUUCUUGAAGACAGUCCUGGGCAAGGCCCUCAAUGUCCCAGCCUCACGCAUUUGGCACUUGGCCAUCAUGCCCUGUUUUGACAAAAAGCUUGAAGCCAGUCGAGAAGAACUCACCGAUGCUUCGUGGUAUACGCCCGAGAGUCAACCAUCUGCCGAACCUCGUACCGCUGUUCGCGACGUUGACUGUGUGAUCACUACCCGCGAACUCCUCACUCUGGCUUCUUCGCGCGGUAUUUCUCUUCCUUCCUUACCACUACAACCCUUACCCUCGGCCUUUUCACCGCGAUUCCCGGAUAAAACCCUCGACGCAUUCCUAUUUUCCAAACAAUCCUUGUCAAAACAAACGAUGACCACUGGCACAUCCGGAGGAUAUCUUCACCAUGUUCUUCUGACCUUCCAAGCUAAAAACCCGGGCAGCCAGAUUGUAACUCAGCGCGGACGCAAUGCCGAUGUUGUGGAAUAUAUACUCAUGUCAGCUGGCGGUGAGCCUCUGAUGAAAGCCGCUCGCUAUUAUGGCUUCCGGAAUAUUCAAAAUCUUGUCCGGAAAUUGAAGCCUGCCCGCGUGUCAAGGCUUCCUGGCGCUAAAGCUCCUAUUGCCUCAAGAGGAGGGAAUCGACGCCAGCCGAUUUCUCGUAACGGGGCCUCUUCCGCAUCAGGCAGCGAUUAUGCCUAUGUAGAGGUCAUGGCGUGUCCUGGAGGCUGUACCAACGGGGGCGGACAAAUACGGAUCGAGGAUGCUAGAGAAGUUAACUCAACUGCACCAACCGUGGUCUCAGAGGAGGAACCUAGCAUCUCGACAAAACCAACGCCGCAUGAGCAGCGUUCGUGGCUGGCUCGUGUGGACGAAGCAUAUUAUUCGGCAGACUCGGAGGCCGAGAGCGAGACUGAGACCCAACCACCAAUUGCUAUCUCGGAAAAUGAGACUCGAGUCCGCGAAGCUUUGCGCUACUGGUCGAAUUUGACGGACAUUCCGCUUGCCAAGCUAGCCUAUACCACCUAUCGUGAGGUGGAAAGUGACGUGGGCAAGCCUCAAGAAGCGCCGAAUGAUACCACGCGGGUGGUAGAAUUGGCUGGAAAGAUAGGCGGCUCCUCCUUCGAUCUCUGCGACUUGCACACCCGUCCGGAUACGAGCCCGCCUCGAACAAACAACAACUCGACAAAACCUACUUUUUUCCCGCCGAAACCCGCCAUCAUGUCUCGCGAAGCUUAUCAGGUGCCAGCUCAGCUGAACCAAAAUGCCUUCAGCACCGAUAUGGGUGCCAGCGCCGUCGACGGACCCUCGGUGUUCUACCGUUGCGGCGACUGCUACGCCCGCGUGUCGCUGAAGAGGGGCGACCAGAUUCGGUGCAAGGAUUGCGGUCAUCGCGUGCUGUACAAGGAGAGAACGAAGCGGAUGGUCCAGUUUGAGGCCCGGUGA